AUGAAAUCAAUAAUUAUUUUAUUUUUAAUAAAUUUAAUUGUUGUUAUUGUUAAAUGUAGAGAACAAAGUGUUUUAACGUGGAUGGGACUUGAAAGAACUAAUGAAACUAUAAAUAGUGAUUUAGAACAAAUUUUAUCAUUAACUCAAAUUUUAGAUUCAGUAGCAUUUGAAAGAUUUAAUUUGGGAGCAAAUUCAACAUUGAUUGUAAAUAAUUUUACAGAUGUUCAAUAUCCAUUACAAACAGCGGGUUUAAAAACCUUACCAAUGGUAUCAACAUGUUGUCCAUUUGGUAGACCUGAAGUGAUAGAAUAUGCACGUCAAUUAAUUAAUAAUCCACAACCGUUCAUUGACUCUGCUAUUCAACAUGCAAUCGAUGAAGGAUUCGAUGGAUGGAAUAUUGAUAUUGAACCAGUUGGUGGUGAUGAACGAGACUCAAUUGGAUAUGCAAAUUUCAUUGAUUCAUUCGCUAAACAAUUACAUCAAUAUAAUAAAACUCUAACGGUUUGUGCAGCAACUUGGACACCAUUUUGGAAUUUAUCAUUGUUGGCUCAAACUUCAGUUGAUAAAAUUUAUACAAUGUCAACCUAUGCUGGAACUUUUCAAGGUUUUCAAAGUGCUUUACAAUUUGCAAUUCAAUCAAUUCCAUUGAAUAAAUUGGCUGUUGGUGUUAUGACUGUUGAUGAAAAUAAUCAACCUUUCUCAACUGAAGAAUUAACUCAAAGAUUUCAAUUAAUUAUUAAUAAUAAUAUUAAAAGUUUAGGUAUUUGGUCUUCACCAAUACCUUUAAAUUGGUUACCAUUUUUAAAACAAUUUGUAUCAUCUUAA